GAGGAAAGAUUGCAACACAAAAGAGCAAAGGAAUAUGGGACGGAGAAGAAAUUGAUCUUACCUUGGGAAUCUCGSUGAUUCAGGGGCAGAAGGGAGCGGGGCUGGGCACAGCGGGCACAGCGCGGGCACGAACAGCGCUCCCCUUCCCUCGCAGGCCGAGCCGGCGGGAGGAACUUGCCCUGUUGUGCCGGGAAAACAUUGAAAAACUCAUCUUUCAGCCGGUUACUCAGAACACGAAGGGAAUUUAUCUUGGCAGCCCCGGACUUUUCUCCCCGAUGCGCGGCCGCACCUGGCUGGGCGCYGCGCUCGUCCUUGGGGCGCAGCUCCGAGCGCUGUGGCUGGCGGCAGCGGUGGAGGUUCACACCGCCAAGGAGGUGUUUGCUGUCAACGGAACAAACCAGCGGCUGAAAUGCACCUUUUCCAGCAGCAGCCCCGUGAGCCAGGAUCUGAUCGUGASCUGGAACUUCCAGCCCGAGGAUCUGAGCUCUCAUGAGCAGGUGUUUCACUACCAGAAGGGGCCCUGCAAACCCCCCGCUGGAAGAUUUAAAGARAGAGUGACCUGGGAUGGGAACAUCGAGCGCAACGACGUCUCCAUCAUSAUCUGGAACCUGCAGCCCAGCGACAACGGGACCUUCACCUGCCAGGUGAUCAACUUCCCCGACGUCCACGGCACCAUCGGGGAGGUGCGGCUGCGGGUUGUGCACAAAGUGAGCUUCUCAGAAAUCCAUUUCCUGGCCGUGGCCAUCGGAUCUGCCUCUGUCCUGAUGAUCAUCGUGGUGGCAGCCGUGAUUAUCUGUCGGCAGCGUCGCAGGARAGCGCGAGACAAGAGGAUGGAGGUGGCAGACGCUGAGCUUAAAGAAAAGGAGAGCCUGAAGAUGAGUGAGGAAAAGGAACCCAUUCCAUUGGAAGACUAAAAAGAUCUUUGCUGUUGUGCACAAUGCAGGUACUUCCAAAGCAGCUGGUGAGAGCUUGUAAUUUGGGGAACUAGAACAAAGCCAGAUUACAGACGCUCAACCUGAAAGUCCUGCACGGAAGGACGGUGACUUUCCAUGAGCUGAGAAUCCCCUGCAGCAAAAAAAAACAGCAAAGCAGGAUGAACUCGCCCCAUGAACAAGGAACUUUCCUUCAUCUUCUCACCCGUGCAAUGUGAGCAAGGCUUCUCUGGAAGAUGCAAGUGCCGAGACAGCUGAGUGAGCUGAGGCUUGGGAGGUGUUAGAUGCACUCUCGCACCUUAAAAACCACAACGUGCCUUUGUGUUGCUCCGUUUCUCCUCCCUGAGGUCCUCCCUGGCRUCUUGGAAAUGAAGACAGAGCAGCRAGGGCUCAGCUGGAGSAACAAACGUGCUUGGAAUCCYUUUUCUACUUUAGAUGGACAGUGUUAGAGCUGGGCAAUGUGUGCUGUUGGUUAUUAGGGAUAACAUUUCACGUGCAUCUCUUGCAGCUUUGAGAGUUUUGGGGGCUCUGGGGACUGAGGGGAGUUUUCUGCCCCAAUUCAGCUGCUCCUCUCCUGUUCCCAUUCCCACUCYCAYUAUUSCA